AUGGCAACUCCUUGUAACAUUGUAACCAUUUGCCCAUCUGUGGAUGCCCUGAGUGCAGAGGAGAAAAUCAGUGUGAAGUGCCCAGAGUGCGGGGUGAAGUUGUCUCAGCAGUCCAUGCUCCAGUUACACCUGUUUAAAGCCCAUGGUAUGACACAGGAUGGGACUCCUGUAGCUAAAGAUGCUGCCAUACAUUACCAUUGCCCUAUGCCAGAGUGCAUUUACAGGAAAGAUGGAGGGCACAAACAUUUUCCUGUUUUUAAAAAACUCAAGCAACAUUUCAUGAAGGUACAUGCUGAGAAAAAGUACCAGUGCAGCAAGUGCAGGCGGAAUUUCGGACUGGACAGAGACAGGAAGUGGCAUGAGGAAUCCUGUGGAGUCACCUACACCUGUAAGUCAUGUGACCACUGGUAUUUUACGAGAGAAGCGUUGGCCACGCACUGUUCCAGAGCAAACCACCCCUACCCACAAGAGUACAAGCCAAAAAAGGCCAGGUAA